AUGCGGCAGUAUGAGGACCUGCGCCAUAUGUCUCGCGUGAUUCCGGACGUCACGUCGCGCAGACCGGUGCAUUACUUGCCGCAUCACGGCGUGCUGCGAAAGAACAGUGUCAUCACGAAGCUGCGCGUAGUUUUUAACGGCUCCACGCCAACUACUUCGAGAAGAACCCUCAACGACCACUUGAUGGUGGGUCCGAACUUGCUACCUCCGCUCGCCGACGUGAUACUCCGUUGGCGACGGCACCGCUUCGGUCUAGCCACCGACGUCGAAAAGAUGUUCCGGCAGAUCUUGGUACACCCGGAUGAUAGGGAUCUGCAAAGGAUCCUGUGGCGUGAUUCCCCGCAAGACAGCCCUGCCGAGUACCAGCUGAGCACAGUGACCUACGGCCUAGCGUGUGCUCCGUUUCUAGCGAUGCGCGCUCUUAGGCAAUUAGCUGAGGACGAAGGUAAGCAGUACCCUCUAGGAGCGGUCGUUCUCCUACGAGACGUCUACAUGGACGACAUCUUGAUCGGAGCAGCGACGAUGGCGGAGACCCAGGAGAUGUGCAAACAGCUGUCCAGUAUCUGCGGCGGGCGGCUUUCCUCUCCGGAAGUGGUCAGCCAGCGACUCAGCGGACUGCAGUGGCACCCCGCCACGGACGAUUUCUCCUUCGCCACCCGGCACAUCGCACUGCCAUCCGUCACCAAGAGAUCCGUGCUGUCCCUGGUGGCGCAGCUAUUCGACCCUCUCGGCUGGCUAGCACCGGUCGUGGUCCGCGCCAAGAUUGCCUUUCAAUCGACUUGGCUUCAAGGACUUGAGUGGGACGCCCCGCUCGACGACGCCUCCGCGUCAGCCUGGAUCACCUUUCACGCCCAGAUACCAGUACUCGAGCAAAUCCGAGUACCUCGUUGGAUUAAUCUGGGUCAUUCUUGCACCCGCAUCGAGGUCCAUGGCUUCUCCGACGCCUCAGAACGAGCAUAUUCCGCCGUCGUGUACCUGAAAACAUGGUCAAACGACUCGUGGAUUGUCCGCCUAGUCACCGCGAAAACAAAGGUCACACCGCUCAAACAGGUGUCCUUACCUCGCUUGGAAUUAAGCGCCGCCGUCCUUUUCUGCCGACUAGCCAAACACGCCUUGGGAAUCCUCGACCUGACUGCGCCACUUCACCUGUGGACGGACUCCACCGUCACGCUGGGCUGGAUCCGCGGCCACCCAUCCAGGUGGCAAACCUACGUCGCGAACCGCGUCUCCGAGAUUCAGAGGACCACUCCGCAGGCUGCGUGGCAUCACGUUCCAGGCCAGGACAAUCCAGCCGACUGCGCUUCCCGAGGUCUCUCCCCCAAAGAACUGCUGAGCCAUCCGCUGUGGUGGCAAGGUCCGCCUUGGCUAAGCUUAGACGCCACCGCAUGGCCGACCGCCGUCGGCCACAUCACCGAAGAACACCUGCCGGAGAAGCGCACCCGAGUCCACGUCAAAGCCACAGCAGCGCCGAUGAGCGAGGCCGCCGAGCUGGUGCGGUUCUCCUCCCUGAAGAGGCUCCUACGCGUGACAGCCUGGUGUCGGCGGUGGCUGAGAGUAAGGGAGGAUCGGGCCACUGGCACUCACCGGCGCUUCCCCAGUACUCUGUCCGCAGAAGAGAUAGAGAGAGCUCGAGUUUGUUGGAUCCGGCGAGUACAAUCUGAAAAAUUCAGGGCCGAGUUAAAAUUAAUAAGUCAGGGCCUUGCCCUAAAUAAAUCGAACUCACUUGCUCGCUUUAGUCCCUUUUUAGAUACCGAGGGUCUCCUGCGAGUUGGGGGUCGACUCAAGCACUCCAUCCUGGCCUAUGACGAGCGUCACCCCGUCCUCCUGCCGAAGGGCUCGCACCUCACUCGGCUAAUUGUGGACGACUGCCAUAAACGAGCGUUGCAUGGCGGAACGCAGCUCACUCUCUCAUUAAUCCGCCAACAGUAUUGGAUUCCACGGGGUCGAGCACUUGUCAAGGAGGCUAUGCUGCGAUGUCUUCCUUGCGUGCGAUGGCGGGCGGCGACCCCACAACAGCUGAUGAGCGAUCUUCCACGGGAGCGCGUGGUACCAGCGAGGCCCUUCCUUCACACUGGGGUCGAUUAUGCCGGGCCGAUUCAACUUCGCACAACCAAGGGGCGCGGACACCGCUCCUACAAGGCCUUCGUAGCGGUCUUCGUCUGCUUUGCUUCCAGAGCCGUACACCUCGAAGUAGUCUCCGACUACACGACCGAGGCCUUCCUUGCGGCCCUCAGGCGGUUCGUCUCUCGCCGAGGCAUCUGUCGCAGCCUUCGAAGCGACUGCGGGACAACCUUCGUGGGAGCUGAUUCCCAGCUGACAGCCCUCUUCACCGCGGGCACGCCAGAAAGCCACCGGAUCAUCGACAGCCUCGCCUCCGAGAGGAUCGAGUGGAAGUUCAAUCCUCCCUCAGCGCCGCACUUCGGAGGCAUUUGGGAGGCCGCAGUCAAGUCGCUCAAACACCAUCUCCGACGCCAAGCUAACGUUCGAGGAGAUGAGUACCUUCCUCACUCAGCUCCUGCAAAAAAGCUCCUGCGAGACCAUUUUUGGGAACGCUGGUCGAAGGAGUACCUCCACUCCAUUACUCACCGUCCUAAGUGGUUGCGCGAAGAGACGGGCUUCAAGGUCGGCCGACUUUGCCUUAUCCGGAACGAGCUCACACCACCCACGAAAUGGCCACUCGCGCGUAUCGCGAAAAUCCACCCCGGAGAGGAUGGUCAAGUUCGUGUAGUUACAGUGCGCACCGCAGCCUCCGAGUUGGUACGACCCGUCGUGAAACUCGUCGUGCUACCCAUCAACGGUCAUGGAGAUCACGAGCCUCCAUCGCAAUAG